UGCCACUGAGAGGGGGAGCAGGAGGAGCCGACGGGCUGUUAUGAUUGAUAUUGGCAAUACGAUAGUACGUUGAUGUGGUUAUUUUGACAUCUGUCAAACAUUUCUCCAGCCGCACAAGCAGAUAGACUUACAGAAGGCACUAGUUAAUUUUCACGCACAAUUGACUCAGCGAUAGUCCCUCCCCCUUCAUGAAUACACAGUGCUUAUCGCUUAAAUAGUGGGCCUGUGCUCACCUGCGAAUAGUAGUGUACUGGAAGCAGUCGAUCUAAUGUGUGUAAAUGAAUAAUGAACUAGUACAUGUGAUUCACCUGGCUUCUGCAUAUAGGAUAAGGAUUGGUGAAAUUUGAAGAAUAAAUCAUUGGAUGGUUUUUAGUAGGUUUUUUGAAGAGGCCGACAACGGACGUAUAAAACCAGGAACAGAGUUCUGAAAGCUUUUAAAGAGGUUUCUAUUCAGUGAUUGUCAACUUUUAAGAGGAGACCUCAGUGACACCGGCAAAAGAAGCCAGGCACAGUAGAAGUAUCUCGCAUACAAAGCAACAUGUGGUUGUCGAGAGAUGUCUUAAUAGCCUUCUUCUGGCUAGUGAAUUCUUGUUUUUUAUCCCACACAACGACUUUUGCUAAAGAGCAUCGCGAACGCGGCUCAGCGGAUCGCAGUCAAUCUCAUAAAAAGAAAGAACUCUCCACAGUUAGUAGUAGUAGCAGUAGUAGUAGUAGUUCCAUGGACCUCAAAUGCCCAAGUUGUGAUCAGAUUCACUGUUCUCCCAGGAGAGCGUCAAAACUGUACCAGAAAUGUAAAGGUGGGGUCACCCUCGGAGUCUGUGACUGCUGCCCCAUUUGUGCUAAGGUGGAGGGAGAAGAUUGCGGGGGAGAGUGGAACUACCUCGGGAAGUGUGACAAUGGUCUGUACUGCAAGCCACGCUCGCUGCAACAUUAUGACGACCAAGUGGCUUUUCCUGGAUACUCCGGGAACAAGAUGAACAAGAUACCCGAAGGAAAGUGCACGAAAAGGCCAGGUAUGGUUGGAAUUCAGGGAGUCCCGGGGUAUUGCCACCCAAAAUGUACCCCAGACUUUUGUCGAGAUAACCCGAAGGCAAUAUGUGCUGCUUUUGAUGUAGCAGAAGUUAAGCAAAGUUGCCAAGGUGAAUGUCAGCAUACAUCCUGUAUGGCCUGCAGAUUUGUCAACGACGAGCCAGACUGCGGAAAGUGUGCCAAAGAUGACUUUGGCUGCAUCAAAAAGUUUGCAAAAUGCUACAAGAGGCAUACAUGUACAAGAAACAAGUUUCCUUGUAAAAAGAAGUUUAAAGAAAAUGGAAAGUUCAUGUGUGCAGUACCAGCAUGUUUGGAUUAAGCCGCAAUAUCAGCUGAAUAAGAUCCACAUCACAGAAGAUGAGCUACAAUAGAUUUGCCAAGAAUGCAAAACUGUCCACGAGUGUUAACUUAUUUAUUCCCUGAAGUGAUGACAAUGACAAUAUUCAAUACUGUGACAGGCUGAUACCAGUGACAAUGAUGGGGCAGACAAGGAUGGGUAAUUGUGAUUCAGAAUCACACACCAUGUCAAGAGUCAAGGACACAAAGGCAUCGCACCAAUGCCUCUUUUGCCAAAGAACAUUCUCUGAGAGAAAUGGAGUGUUUUACAAAUGACAUCUCGAUCUUUUGUCACUUUUAUGUAUAUGUGACUGCUGGACUUGGUCAUCAGUAAUGGUGUUGGACAACAGUUAUGAAAUUUUAAUCAAAAGAAGAAAAAGAUGUGUUAUAGAGUAUAUUUUACAUUGUGGUGAGAGACAAAAUUGAUGUUACACAAGUAAAAUUCACUGCAGUUUACAUUCCUGCUCACAGCCCCCCCUCCCGAUUGUCUGUGAUCUAUCAUUAAGCAGGAAUCUUCAUAAAAAAUCAAUUUUUUAAAAGUACUUUCCUUAUUUUCCUUCAAGUACAGGGCAUAUGCUUUGAUCAUAGUAUCCUUGGUUUUGUUGUGCAAAGUGUGCUUAUAUUACAAGUUGGGCAUGUCAACCUGAAACAUAUCAGGUGAAAUUUGUUGGUAUAUAAGUGCUAGAUGUUAGCUCAGAGGCAUUCAGGGGGUGAAAUACCUGCAUUUUUGAUGAAGAGAAUAGCGCCAUACUUGCCUCAGCAGGAAUCUCAUGACAUCUGUGGCAUUGGGGCUAUGUUCAGUCAAGUUCUUCAACUAAGUCUGCAAUGCUACCGCCAGUAGGGAUAAAAACCUGAGGUGCUGCUUUAGAUAUCGACUAUCUACAGAAUCUGUUCCGAAACAAUUAUAUUUCUGGUGUGAAAGGCUUGACAUUUCAGAAAUAUGAUUAUCAUUUCUGCAAUCAGUCAUUGAAUGUGCUCUAUUUGGUCACUUGUCCUUAUUUAAAGACUGUCCCCACCCUAAGUUGAGCUAAAUAUAGGAUUUCCCGUUGUCCUUGUUUGUCUAAACCUCAGAUUUUUAUCCCAUUGAACGUGAUCUUGGUACAUCACAUGCUGUGACAGCAUAAGAUUUUGUGUAACAAGAGGCAUAAUGCACUCGUUUUUCUAUAAUCUGGAUACACUAAGAGUUUAUCUAGACAUUUCCUUACUGAGGGUGGUAAAUUAAAGGCAGAAUAAUGACCUUCAGAAUAUGGCCACACCUCAAAUACAUCUUUGUUAAGGGUAAAUACUCAUGGUGAAUAUUUCUUAAGGCCACAUUUUUUUUCAUGGUGGCAACUUGAUAAAGUAUGCUUAAUAAAGAAGAACCUGUUUUGAAUGUUCUCUAAGAACAUUUUUUACUGAUCAGUAAGGUAUCUUCUAUAAAUGUAACACUCCAAACUAAUGUAGAAGUUUGUACUGAACCACAAAACCACCUCUGUAACACGUAUAAGAUGAAGAAGACUUGUGUUAAUUAUGAGAUUAUUGAAAAAAAUCAGAGAAUUAACUACCAAGCCAUUUGCCUCACCUGAUCCUGCUCACCUAAGUACCUUAUCUAAGCAGGGGAUUAACUGGUCAGAUAUGGUAAAAGGGUCGGCACUUCAGUUCUUCACCUAAUCAACAAACUGCACUGCCAAUUCAAAUAAGCAGGGAAGUAUUUAAUUCCAUAUAUUGACAAUCAUGUCAUUAGGUUUGACAUUAUGUCAUCAUUUUGCAUGAUUACUAGAUAAUGCGUGUAAUAUGAGGGAUUUUGAUGGGAGGGAUGUGUUGGCUGUUAACCGUUAACCUGUGAUCCCAAGUGACGGGACGGCAUGGCAGGAACGACAUGGCUUUAUCACCAUAAUAAUGUGUACAGGAUUUAUACCUCAAAGUCUUGGGAGGCAAUUAAAUCAAACCUGAGUUAACACAGAGGUGACAAUUACAAUAAGCAAUUAUUUAUCAUUUCAUCAAACUGAUACGGCACAAUGUACAGACAUGAUACAUUGAUAAUAUUUUAGACAGCUAAAAGUCAAAUCAUGUUUGUACAUUGUCAAAUCAAUCAUCACAGUGAACAUCAUUUGUAUAGUCAGCGAGAUGUGAUGUGUAGAAAAAAUUAGGUUCAUCUUUUCAAAAUGUAUCUUUUAAGCAGAGAAGAAAAAAAAACUUGAGUGUAAAAUUAUUUAUUGUCAUUUCAAAAUCUUAGUGCUACAGUUCCUCACCCAGUAUGGUUUAUUGACUGGAUUAUGCAAAAUUAUCGACAUUUUUAUCACUAAAUUAUGAUUUUUUUUUUAGAAAGUUUGAAGAAUACGCCCUGGCAGGCAGAGAACAAUGCACAAGUCACUGCUCACAGCUAGUUUUUCCCAGACGCGGUUAUUUUUAACCAUGAUAAUCUUUUUAUCAGUUGCACAAAUGGCCUCCACCACACAUGUACUCAGUGCCAGUUUUAGUUUGUUUUAGCAGAAACAAAUGUUUUUAAGACCUGCACAAGGUCUACAGCAUAAGAAUAUGUAACACUAUGCAAAUAAAUUGUCACCAGAAAUGCAGAUUAGAAUCAUGUAGUUAAGGUUAGUAAUACCAAAUCAGACCAUCAGCAAUAUGCAUGCUAUGAAAAUACUUUCAAAAAAGUUGAUAUUUUUCAAGAUUGGAUGAAAGUCAGAAGUAUGCGUUUUUGCUCUAAGAAGUCGAUGCUAGUCCUGCCUGAAGUGAGAAAUCACAAAUUGUACAAAGUGUACCAUACAUAUAGCUGUGUACAGUAGUUUGUAUGUGCUAGCUGUUUUGUGUCACUUUUUGUGUCGAUAUGUUAUUGUUCUUUAUUUAAGUUACCAUGUAACAGAGUCUUAUUUAUGUAAUAUAUUCUUGUACGAAAAUAAAAAAGACCUCGAAGUACAUAUGGGCUUAUUUGUGUUUCAUGAUAAAACAUGCUUGUCACAGUUUAGUUUAGAGAUU